CUGCUGUCAAGGCAGCUCUAGCCGCGGCUGCAGCGUUAGCAUCACCAUCAGCAUCAUUGCUGCCUGGGAUCCCAGUGCCUCUGGAGGAAAAUGGGAUCAGUGAAACCUAUGUGAUAAUCAUUGCAGGAACUCCAGUUCAUUGCUACAGGAGCAGAGAAAAAAGAACACACGAUGGAUGGCUUAGUUGAGCAGAAGAGUGCCGUGCUUACGCACCAUAAGGAUGCUGAUACAAAGAAGAGGAAUGGGUUGAUCAACACAAGGAACUUAAUGGCUGAGGGCAGGGAGGGACUGGUGUCAGUGUAUCCAACCCCCCAGUAUCAGAGUCGGCCAGUUGGGACUCUCUACUCUCCAAACUACUCCAGAAAUGACCCAGUGCAACAGCUCCUUGACCCCAGUGCUUUGCCACAGACAAUGGAAUCCCGUUAUCAUCCUAACAUCAUUCUGUACUCGGAAAGCAUGCUGCGGUCCUGGGGAGAAAAUAUGAAUGCAGAAUGCUGUGAAACAACUUUCAUUGAGGACAAGUCACCCACCAAAGGCAGCCUGGAUUAUCCUGAUGGCAAAUUUGUCACUCUGUCCACAGAUGAGAUCAAGAUCCAUACUCUGUCUUAUGAUGUAGAAGAUGAUGAUGACUUCCAGGAACUAGAGAGUGAUUACUCAAGCGACACUGACAGUGAAGACCAUUUCCUUAUGAUGCCACCCAGGGACCAUCUUGGGCUUAGUGUGUUCUCCAUGCUCUGCUGUUUCUGGCCACUGGGAAUCGCUGCCUUCUACUUGUCACAUGAGACAAAUAAAGCCAUUGCUAAAGGAGACUUCCAUCACGCAAGCUCCAGUUCACGGCGGGCCCUCUUCUUGGCUGUGCUAUCCAUCACAAUUGGAACAGGCAUUUAUGUAGGGGUUGCUGUGGCACUUAUAGCAUACCUGUCCAAAAAUAACCACUUAUGAGACUGGAAGAGUUGGACUGCUACAGAAAGCUACAAGAGACCACGACAUUUCAAAUAUCCCUACACAGGGUUGCUGCAAGAGUAUUCAGCCUGAAUUCUGAAAAAGAAUGUUCUAGGUUUUUUCAGAUCUUCCAGUUUAAUGUGAAUGUUGGCAAUACUGUCAUUGCAAGAAGCCAAGAAAUAUUGGUUCUUUUUCAAGAUCAAGAGAUAUCUUCAGGCCUUGUUUCUUUGCAGAUUGCUGCUGGUCUGAGCAGAACAAAACCAAACAGAAACUCUGUUAGGUUGAAUGUAGGUUCUUCUUGUCAAAAGACAACAGAGUUAUGAAUGCACAGAACACAAGUCUGAUGCCCACGCUAUCAAUCCCUCUCUUCAUGUUGGAUUAUUAAGAGCCACAAACAGAUGACUCAGUGCAUAUGCUUAACUAUGUCUCACAUAUGAAACAGCUGUAAAGUGGAUGACACAUGGAGCCCAGAGGCCUUAUGAGGGUGAGCAGCAGUGGACAAACUAUGAGGCAAAGAACAGUAGAGUUGCAUGAGAUGGUAGAUUUGGUGUGUCAUUGAGGGCAGAAGAGUGGGAGAAAGAGGUAUUUCAUUCAUGCAGCAAACUGCCAGGAGGAACUCCUGCAUAAGCUGCACUAAAAUUAACACAAGUUGCGAACAAGUACAGUAGUGUUCUUCUGCCAGUCCCAUUUAUCCUGGUACAGUUUACUUGGGAGAACUUCCUGGUGUAUUGUUUAUAGGGGGAUUUGGAUUGUACAUCUUGGUUGCCAGAGGUCUCAUCCUAAAAAUUACUUGCUUGCAAAGCAUGCAGUUCUUUGUGGCAGCAUCUCUCUUACUGAGCAGACUUUUUCAGCAGCUGAAUAUAAGAAGCUAAUUGCCCAUAAAUUUCAUGGCAAGGCAUGAAAUACAAUAGCAGAGCAUCGUUUGGGUCAACGCUCUUGAUAAAGGACAGUGGGAUAUCAGCCUAAUGGCAUAGGACUUCAUUCUUGGCUUAUGGACUGAGCAAUGCUGCAAUACAUUCCUCAUUCUCUAGUGGCCAUGCCCUUCCUGCUAAAAGUUUGAACAGGCAAUGGGCAUAUU